CCUUCUGUGUCCCGUCGUCGCCGUCUGUAUUUUGUACGGAGUUCAGUUGCAAGUCGCAGCAGUGGUGCGCUCUAGAUUUUAAAUUAUUUGCGAAUCCUAAGAGUCCGGGCCCCUCUCACAGCAAUCAGAAUCAGUUCAGUUCUGUCUGCCUGUGCCUUCGUAUCGUGGUGUUCGAGUGCCGAGCGUCGUCGUCGUCGUCGUAGUCGGAGCCGAGAAUCGUUUCUUAAACUUACCGUUAAGCGAGAGUUAUUAAGCUGGCUCAGAAGAAUCCGCCCCAGGCUGGCUACCCCGGAGUCCCGAUCAGUUCCCGUGUUAUAGCCCAUGGCAUGACGGAUGUCCGCAAGCUGAUCGAACAUACCUCAUCGAAUCAUUUCAGUGAAGAGACGAGAAAGUGUUUCAAAACCACCGUGCUCUAGGGGCGUGCAAUUUCCAAGAAGUUUUACAUAACGUUUGUGUGUGCUUUCUGUGGGCCGAAAUUUGUUGGUGCUAGAAAAUUGGCGAAAUAGUAGUUUGUAUCGGUUACUACUACCUACUCGUACAACUAACACCUUGGAACGGUACACUCAUCGUAUUUUGGUUUCGAGUCGAGUAUUGGCCGACGUGGUUGAAUUAACCCGGCACGAUUAGGUGAUUUAGUUCUGUUUUGAAUCUGCUGUUUGUAAACACAAAACGGCUAACUGUUGCAUCUGUGAGUGGAAAGUUACCUACCGCUUUAAGUAAAAAAAAAGUACUAGUUUAUUGAUAAUAAAUCUGUACAGCAAGUCGAUCCUGCACCAUCGUCGGACAGUUAAUUCAGAGUUCGGCAUACUACCGAAGAAGAGAGAGCACCCGGGUUUAACAACCUGUUUCACGGUCAACCUGCCCAGCUGCCUAUAGUGCUGUUGUCUUGUCUGUCAUCAAGCGUAUAGCAACGAUCGAGCGCUAGUAGUUUGUGGUAGUUUCAAAACGCGCCCGCGUACAAAGUGCAACUGCAGCAAUUGGACAAGUGCAUUCUCGCGUGCCACCGUGUUGUUGUGGGUGCAUUCGUUCUGUAUCCUUUGAGUUUGUUUUGGUUCGAUUUGAAGAAAAUUGAGCACAUUUUUCCCGGUUGACUCGUUCGGUAAAAACGCCAAUUAGUUGCAAUUAGAAAUCAACCGCGAAACUUGCAGCAGUCGAUUCCGCGCGAAGCAGCAGCAGUUAUUUGCACAGUUUGGAAGAAUCUACUUAAUUGUGUUAGAAUCAGGGUGUAAAAUUGCGUGAUACCAGCACACGUUGAUUAGUGAAAGUCCCAAGAAUCACCUAUAGUAGAAAUCAUAACAAACAUCGCCGUGCAUUUUCUCGAGAACAAAAAUCAAUAAAUUGCAUCGCCACACAAGGGAAGUGCAGCAGAACAAAAAAGUGUCAAGGCGGAAACAGCAAACAGCUGAGAGCACUUACCUAGCAUAACAAACGGCAUCAAGUGACGGGUAACAGAAGGAGAUGGCCCCCAUUGCGACAACAAACGAUCCCAAGCUGGCUCAGGCUGGCGAGGAUGACCUCAAUCAUCGAUCCGAUGCCAGCUAUUACAGGAAUCAUAAAAAUGGCCUAAAUGAAGGAUCACGUACCGUACCGGUGGCGCCUGCGAAAUCGAAUUCCGGCUUGAAGCCAUGCCCCCUGCGGGCUCCUCUUGUGGUGACCACCGUGGGCCUACCCUGUCGAGGGAAAUCCCUCGCAUCACAAAAGGUAGCCCGGCAUCUUAACUGGCGCGGAGAGAGCACAAAAGUUUUCAACGUGGAUGGCAAUGCCACUGCCGACACCCUGCAUGAGAUCUCGGUGUUCUUCAAAGAGGACAACGAUGUCGCAAUCAUCGAUGGAAUGCACCUGACGCGGCAAUCGCGUCAACUGUUGACCAACUUUUGCGGUGAACAGUUGUACCACCAUCUGCUGAUCGAGUUCAGCUGCAACGACAAAUGCCUCGAGGAGAACAUCAACGACACGGUUCAGUUCUACCACCAGCUGGACCAGAACAUCGAUUGGGAGCGACGGAUCAAGGAGAACAACGAAACCUAUACGUCCCGGUUCGAACCGUGCUCCCCGCUGGAGGGCCCAUUGAUUACGGUUAACAACUCGGAGGACUCGAUGUAUCACUCGGUAACGGCACGAGGCGUUCGCGGUGCUAUUCAGACUGCCAUUCUAGGGGUACUCGCCAGUCCGGUGAUACGACAGCAAACGUUCUACCUGAGUCGGCAUGGUGAAUCGGAGUACAAUGUUUUGGGUAGAAUCGGUGGCGAUGCUGAUCUAUCGCCGCGUGGCAUGAAGUACGCCGAACGCUUGGCUCGGCAACUGGGAGGACCCGGUUCAGCACCAGACUGCCCUAGUCCUAAGCUUAUCUGGACCUCGGAGCUGCGUCGCACGAUCCGUACCGUACAGAACAUCCCCGGCCCCCGGGCUGCCAUCAAGGAUCUGAACGAAAUCAAUGCCGGUAUUUGCGAGGGCCUUACGUACGAGGAGAUUCAGGAGCGCUUCCCGCAGGAGUUUGCCUGGCGCGAUCAGGACAAGUUCAAGUAUCGCUAUCCCCAUGGGGAAUCCUAUCUGGAUCUGUUGCAACGUGUUGACAGUGUGGUGCAGGCGCUGCUAGGCAACACAGACGUCCUGGUCGUUUCGCAUCAGGCCGUGCUACGAUGCAUUAUGGCAUACUUCAUGGGCACGAAGCCUGACGAUGUUCCCUACAUCAAUGUGCCACUGCAUACGUUGCUCAUCGUGCGUUCGUACGGGUACGAUUUUAAAGUUGAAACCGUUCCGCUCAAGGUGGAAUGUGUGGACACGUACCGUAUACAACCGAAGAACUGUUCGACAACACGCACAGCUGCGGAUGCUCUGACCACGGUCCCGGCACAUUUCGAUACUCCUCUUUCGCAGCCUACCUCCAUCAGCUAAAUUAUGGUCUCUCGCACCGCGUCAUGGCGAAACGUGCAGCAGUAGCAGACGCCACUCAACCAUCAGCCAGGCAGUCGCAGACAGAACGGAACUAAAACAGUGACAAACAGAAAAUUCAAAACUAAUUUGAUCACAAAAAACAAAACACAAAACGCUAUUAUUAGAGAAGUGUCGCCCCAAAUUUAUAUGUAAGUACGGUACGCGCGUUGCAGUAACACAGAUCCAUCCUUCUUACUCGGUUGACCAAAACAGAAAACAGAAUGAGCACCAUCAACAAAUUUCACCAACCUGUUGCGAAAACCAAAAAUUUCCCGUUCUUCCAAAAAAUCAUAUAAACCACAUUUCGUACAAAUAAUAUUGAGUUUGAGCACGGCACGGUGAAGUGAAGCACGCGAUCAGCAGCAGCAGCAGCAGCAUUUUCAAGCGGGUCAACCAAGGAAAAAUGGACUUUUUAACAGCUAACAUGUGCAUCAUUAUUUGGUUUUACUCCACUUACAUUGGUAACUCUUCGCUAUCCUAAGUUGAGUUCUGAUUAUGUCAUGAUUAAAAGAAAAGGAAAAGUGCUUGGGAAUGAAGUCAUGUUGAGAUGAAAAGAUGCAUUUUAAUAUACAAAAUACAUACACCUGUAAUAGUGAAGCGCUAAAUCAUUUAAAACUAGCUGUUUUUAAGAAAGGAUAUUUGAUUUGGCAACUAAAGCACACACACACACAAGGAAGGAAACAAAUUAUGUAGGAAUAGCAAGCGUUAAGAAUAUAUCUACGUCUAUUUUUAAGUUGUAAUCGUUGAAUUUUUAUUUGUAGAAAACACAAUAACAAGAAAAGGUCAAUCCAAAAUAAACUACAAAAAAAGCUAAGAAACUGAUGUAAAAGUUCAAAA